AAUGAAAUUUCCUUGGUUGGCUGCCUCACUCAGAUGUUUGUCAUUCACUUCUUCUCGUCCUUUGAAUCCACAAUCCUCUUGGCCAUGGCUUUGGAUAGGUUUAUUGCCAUUUGCAUUCCCCUGCGCUACACUGAAAUCAUGAACUCGACAAUCUUCAAAAAACUCAGCAUCUUUGCUCUAAUAAGAAGUGGAUCACUGAUGUGCAGCCUCAUUAUUCUUGCCAAACCCCUUCCUUACUGUGGAUCAAAUGUCAUAAAACAGAGUUAUUGUGAGCACAUGGCUCUUGUUACUUUGGCUUGUGGUAGUAUUGCCAAAAAUGACGCGAUGGGAUUAGUGGUGGCCUACUCAAUUGUUAGCUUUGAUAUCUUAGUUAUUUCUUUUUCAUACAUUAGGAUUUUAAACGUAGUCCUAAAAGCUGCAUCAACAAAGGAACGUCGGAGAGCCUUUCACACAUGCGGCACUCAUUUGAUAGUGAUGCUGUUCUUUUACCUCUCAGGUAGUGUCACUUUUUUAGCCUACAGACUCAAAAUUAAUAUCCCUACGGACGUUCAUACGUUCUUAGGAGUAAUGUACUUAGUUUUCCCUGCCGGUGUCAAUCCAAUUAUUUAUGGAGUCCGAACAAAAGAAAUCAGAAAUGGGAUUGUGAAAAUCUUCACAAAGAGAAAAAUUAGUUUUGUCCAGAACAAUAUCACUACUGUGAAACAAGCAGGCUUAUUAAGGUCAAUUAAAAUUUAG